AUGACGACCUUGGGCAAAUCAAAUGUUGACAACAUGUUGGUGGGUGGCGGGACGAAAAGAGUCCGUCAGCCUUCGUGUCCCAAUGAUCACCAACCCAAGUUGGAUAAAAUAGGUCGACCAAUUCAGUGCCUUCCAGGGUCGUCCUCGCACUCUGUAUGCGGUGAUGGUCAUGCAUGUUUCUUUUCUGGAAUGAAUUACAUGUGUUGCCCUACCAAUCAGUCCUCGGGUAGACAUCAGCACACGUGUCCCGCUCCAAUGGUUACUGUUCUGGACUCAAGUGGAGCACCGCUGAGAUGCAAGUCUUGGACUCGCGCAUGCCCUCAGGAAGGGUCUGAAUGUGUGUAUCCAGUCUCUGAAGAAAGGAUCCGGCACACGUGGUGA